AAAAGAAAUAGAAAAAAACGUUUAUCCUUUAUCCUCUAAACCCUUGUUGUACCUCCAUCAGUUUUUACUCAGCACACAGAAAAUAGAUUAUCAAGAAGCCAACGAUCUGAAGAAGGCUUCACCCACCAAAAAUGGUGCAAAAACCAUGGAGGAUAAUACCAAAGCCAUUGCUCGAAACCGUCCUCAACAAUCAUUCACAGCACCACCGUGUCCCUCAGCCUUUGAUCCUUCAUGGCCCCAGAGGCGUCGGCAAAACCACUCUCAUUCUCGAACGCCUCCUCGCCGAUUGGAACAAAGGCCCUCACUUAUCUGGAUAUGUAGACUUUGCUGAAACUAUCGAAGAUCAUCACCCAAUUUACGGCCAGUCCUUUCCCUGGGCAUCGUGGUCGAAUUGUCCGCCACCAUCUCUGUCUAAUUGCAGAAUUAAACUGGAAACUUGUCUCGAAUCCAUGGCUGAAAAGGGCGUCAAACUAGGCAGUAUAACAUCCCAUCAAAUAUUCACCACCAUGAACAAGUGGCACGGCCUGAAUACGGCCCUUCGUCGCGUACUUCAGGGGGAUAAUGCUUCGAAAAGUGUGGCCUCGCGCAGAUCGUCAAGCGCGGCUCUGUGGGAUCAAGCCGUUUUUGCACUAUCUGCUCGAUGUAAUGCCGCUGAGGUUGAUGGGGUCUUAGGAUUGGGUGAGGAAGGGAGGAGUUUAUCAAUCGAAGAAGCUUCUUAUUUUAGAGACGCUAUUGUGGCGCUGAGACUGGCUAAGGAGUUGAUCAAAAUUCAGCAAGGGUGGCGAGCUAAUGCCAUUGCUGAUUUGAGUCGGACGCGUGGUUUCUCGCCGUCAUUGGCACAUUCCUGUACUGAUUGGCCUUGUUUGUUGAUAGAAUUGCUGUCACAAGCUGCUGAAAUCGAUCAUUUUCAGCCAAAAUUAAUUAUUAACAAUAUAGACGUGUUACGAAAUGCAAGUUUAUCAGAUGAUGAUACAUCAGUAUGUGGAUCGAUGUAUCAUGACAGCCUAGUCUGGAGAAUAAUUGCUCUUGGGGCAAAUGAAAGGUGCCUUCCUGUUAUACUUGUAACGUCUGAUAGCUACUAUUCAUACCGCGCUUACAUGGAUUUUGGAUUUCCAGAUAUAUUUGUCUCACGUGAGACUUUUGGAUGGACUCCUCAAGAGGCUAAACUGCAUAUGGUUCCUGAUUAUUUCAGCAAUGCAGAGUGGAAGCUGAUUGCUGAGGUGCUUGGCCCAAACCCUCGACACUUAUUUGAGCUUUAUGCUCUGAAGCAAGGCAAUUACUUUAACAAAACGGCAACGGAUCAUAAUUUUGGCACAAUCGAGGAUAUAGUAGAUGCAUACUUGGCAUACUUGCAAGUGACAGUGGUAAAUCCUGCCAUGGACAGAGCACUAUCACUCCUGCAAGCGCAUGUUGUCGAUGUGCGGAAUGGACUGGUUUCAAAAGAUAAAUUACGCUUUGGUGCACCUUGGAGGCAUCCUCCUCAGAGUGAUGAUCCACGCUUGAGUUUGGACUGGGCAAAGAUUCAGCUGAUGGAUUUUGUGCAUUCUCUUGUGGAUGCGGAAUUUGGGGUUAACUAUCUUGCUGACUGUAGCCUUGAGAUCUUUGAUGAUCCUUCUGCCGUUGCAUUGGCUGAGGUCGGUUUGCUUUAUGCACAACGGGAUCCAUCCUUCAUGCGGCCUAUAUCUAGAGGGAUUCAAAGAUGUCUAGUGCGAUGGCUUGUCCAACAGCAACUUCAACUUAGUUCCAGACGUCGUCUUCAGUAUCUCUGGCAGAGAAUUAUACGUGGACGUAGCUAUCGCCAUCUCAUGCUAGAAGUGGGAUAUAAAUAGACCCUGGUAUAAGGUUUUCUUUGACAAUGGCAUAUUCAGAAGAGGGCAGGAUGUUACACUUGGGGUUUCAAAUACAGAAAUGUACGGGUAGAUUUAGGGACUGACUCGAUAAUUUCAAUAUAAGGAACUGAGCUUCCAGGCGCAGCUGUUAUACUAACAUGUGGAGUAUUUAUUCAAUUUUUGAAGAAGGAAGGUUUUCAUUGAAAUUUCUGUGUAUUCAAGAAUUUCUUAGAAUCGUAGAUUGAUAUAUUUGUAGACUGAUUGAUAAUGGGGGCAUAAUAAGAGUGUAAAGUAACAACCUUUUCUUGGGAAGGUGGGUAAAAGAUCAAUAUGGGAUUUUUUGAAUAUUCAUUUACAUUUCCAUAGAAAUCAAAUUACUUGAAAUGAGUGUAAAGAAACAGCUUUUUUGGAGUCACUGUUCAUCUUUAUUUCAUUAUGCCCGAUUUCAACUUUUUGGACAAAAGGUGGGCCGGAAACCAACCCCCUCAAAUUAAGUAGGAAGGAGAAGAAACGUGCCGGAUUUAUUGGCUUUUUUCUUCUUUUAUUUGAAUUAACUCUCGCCGCAAAGGAGCAGAAAAUUGCCAUGAUUAUAGUUAUAGUAACUAGCUUGCACACUGGCCCCAAUUAAAAAUGAAGUGGUCUAACCCUUCCAAGUUUACCUGGCCUUUAUUAAUCUAUCCCGAGAUAGGAAGAGCUCCUUAAAGUAGAAAAAGUAGCACAACCGUAGUUUUCAAGGAUUUCAUUUUGACCAUUCCAAGUUCAUAUGAACUAUCAUGUUCGUCUGAGAACAUCACUUCUUUAUAUGAGUACAUGAUUUUGAUGUUCAAAUAAGACCCCUUGUAAUAUCUAGAAGGUGUCACUUCAAGAUUCUUUUUUUUUUUCCUCCCAGAAGUAGAUUUGUGUUUGAAAGGGUUUAAGCUUUAAAUGAGAGAGAUGAUGAUCACCACCCAACACUAUCAUCUGUUCAUGUGUCAACUACCCCAAAAAUUAUUCUGUAUUAACAAUCAUUUAUCGCAGGAUUUAGAUACUUGAGAUUAUGCGGUUUGGGAUGGUGGGCUUUCCUUUUUUAGUUCAACAAAAAUAAGGCUUAGAAGAGUAAAUGGUGUGUUCUCACCAGAAAUGGGUAGCUUGAAUGGCGCAUAGGUCUACGGUUUCCCGCUCAUAUAGAGGCACUAAUUUGAAUUAGGUACUUUCCAACCCACCUGAAGUCUUUGUUAGUGGUAGAGAUAAGAGUUAGAGUUAGAGAGAGAAAUGUCAAUUGUCAACAGAGAAAU